AUGACAGCAAAAAAAGCGGACUGUAAGAAAUACUUAAAAAGGAAGCAGCAGGAGGCCGACCAGCCACUUCAGGUCCCAGCAGUAGACAGCAGUGUGCCAAGGACAUCAGAACUGUUGGGCAUCACAACUAGAGAUGAUCCAUACGGGAACGGAACAGAGAUGUUUGAUGCCUUCAUCUGUUACUGUCAGAAGGACCUUCAGUUUGUCCAGGAGAUGAUCAGAGAGCUGGAACAAACAGAGUUCAAACUGAAGCUCUGUGUAUUUGAUCGGGAUGUCUUGCCAGGAACGUGUGUGUGGUCCAUCACUGGAGAACUUAUAGAAAGGAGGUGUCGGAGGAUGGUGGUCAUCAUUUCAGAUGAUUACUUGGAAAGUGAUGAAUGUGAUUUCCAGACCAAAUUUGCUCUUAGUCUUUCCCCAGGUGCUCGUCUCAAACGGCUGAUUCCAGUCAAGUGCAAAGCCAUGAAGAACGAGUUUCCGAGUAUCUUACGGUUCAUUACAAUUUGUGAUUACACCAAUCCUUGCACCAAAAAAUGGUUCUGGACAAGACUGGCAAAAUCUCUCUUGCUGCCGUGAUUCAAAGUUAUAAGAUCCAGGUGUUUCCUUUUUUUUUUUCCCUUCCUUUUUUUAAAAAUAUCUCUCCUGGCUGUGCCUUUGGACCGUGGUGUCAUUCAUGAAGUCUUCAACUACUGCAGAACAUCUUUCCUCGCGGUCUGUGUUUGGAGCCCACAACUGGGAACAAAGCAUUUUCUCUAGCACUUUUUCAUGGCUUGAAAGGGGAAAUAAAGCAAUUGCCUGGGUGUUCCUGUUCAAGUCAAUGAGCAACAGUAUCCAGCACUUCAUGUAGUAAGGACUUACACUGAAUAUAUACAUUUAAAGGCUGAGUCAUUAAUGUGGGAAGGCUCUAUUGUAAACAUUGAAUAAAAUCUGGGAAUAUAAAAUGCUGGUAUAAAACAUUAAAUAAUCAAAGCCUCAAACUCCAGGCUUUUUAAAAAAUAUUUCAUGUUAUUUUAAGAGCUGUUUAAUGGAUAUAGAAACUUCUAGGGUUGGGCUGGGAGCUUGUAGGGUGAUGGUGUCUUUUCUAAAUUGCAUUGAAAUCCCAUGGCUGCUCACUGAUGUACAGGAAGUAAGGUUUAAAAUAAGGUUUUAAUCUCAGGCCAUUUCCUACUUGGUGAAUGGCAGGGCCAUGAGAAUGACCAGUUUUGGGAGCCUUGUCUGCAGAGCCGAGCCUGCUCUGCCUGUCCGUUGCCAGUGAGCUGUGUGUCCUGGUCUGUGCUGCAGCCCUGCUGCUUGGGCAGCACGGAGGAAUUUGCAUUGCCAGUCCCUGGUCUGUGCUUGUUCUCAGGGUAGACAGUCUCCUUCAGUCUUUGUUUUUAAAGGAGUAGCAAACAUAUUUUAAUUGUUUAGAAGCACUACAAAGAAAAGAAUGGUUCUCACUUUGUUCUUAGCAAUAUCUGCAGUAUUGCAAAAUUAGAGCAAUUACUCUUGCAGUCAUAACUAAUGCAGCAUUACUGAACUCUGUUUUCUGUUGGAUAUAUUUUGCUCCUUAAGUUUUGUCCCAAUAUGCCUUUUCUGUGUUCAUUUACAGGGUGAAUCCCUUGUCACUAGCAUUUUCUGAGAUAGUCCCUCAGGUUUGCUGUAAGUGAUUAAUUUUUGCUUAUUAAAAGCAAGGACUAUAACAAAGGAUAUGUUCUUGUAACAUACUCUGUCUGUGUUCAGGUCACAUUUAGUUAAGUGCCGUGUUUUAUACCAGCAUUUUAUAUUCCCAGAUCUUAUUAAAUGUUUAAAUUCGAGCCUUCUUGUAUUAGUGAUUCAGUCUUUAAAUGUUUAUUUUUGGUGAAAGUCCUUACUACCCAAAAUGUGAGGUACUGUUGCUCAUUGACUUGAAGAGGAACAGAUCUCUGCACCUUGUGGGAUCAGACCUUAAGUUGUUUGAACUGGAAGAGCUGGCCAAAAUACAGCUUUUUGAGAUGCCUCAAAGAUACAGGGAUAAAUAUCAGAUAAAGAGUGCGUUUGGGCUGCUUCAAAAAAUUAAAGGGUAAUGUUACUUUAAUAGGAAAGCAUAUUUUAAUUAAGUGCCACAAUUAAUCAUUAAUGUAUAUUUGUGAAUGGGGCUAGGAACAACAUUGACAUUUCUCUACAUGUUAGAUUUAGCUUUGAAUUUUGCAGACUUCAGUGCCACUUCAGUGGCUUUCAUCACUUCUUGGUGCUUGGGGGUGGGAGGCAAGGGUGCUGCCCAAAGUGGUGUUUUAAAGGGACCUGUUGGUAUAUUAAACAGAUUUUCAGUAAAUAUUUACUUUCUAAAUAGGGAAGAGAGGAAUUUUGCCUAUGUAUCUGCACUCGUUUGAACUCUACCACUUAGUUCAUUCCUUCAGCCACUGACUCAUGUUGAUUUUAUAGCUUAAUGAUUUACAGUUUACAUGUUUAAGAUUGUAUCUGGUUGUCAGUCUUUUAUAGUUUUUUUUUUUUUUUGUAAAGCAUUACCGCGGCUGAAUUCUUCAGAUAGAGACUUGUGCACCUAUCUUUUUCUCUCUAUGAAGGUGCGUGCUACAAAGGUCUGUCAACAUCCCACUGCUGGUUCCUUCUAGCAGACAGGCCAGUCCUUGACUUCAACAAGAGAAGCGUGUUCACACACCUAACAUUAGUGUCAGGGGACGUUUUUGAAUAGGCCAACAAACUGGGCAUGUUUCUGUCCCUCCUGUAAGUAUAACUGCUACCAUGGUGCUAAGAGAACAUUGGCACCUUUCUGUCUUGCUAGAUCAAGUGAGAAGUCCAUGGGUGUGGGAGGAGAAAAGUUAAGCUGAUGAUGUGCUUCUAAGUCAGUUUAUCUUCACGUGCUGUUGCUCUCAGGCCUCCCCUGCAGAAAUGGAGACAGCUGCUUGCCUUGGCGUUUCUGCAUAAUCGUUAAAUGUUAAUUAUAUAAUAGUUUCUGGAGGCUACUUGAUCCCCCGUCACUCCUGGAGCUUGGAGAAUUCUCAUACUACGGAGUGUCUAUAAACAUUAAUUAUGGGUCAUUACUGGCAGGACUGAACCAGAUUCCUCUUCAUUUAAGAACUGAAA